CCAUCUACAGCCCCGCUAUCCGCUUUCCGCUCCACCGAAAUCGAAAUGCCGCUCUUCUUCCCAGCCCCCUCCACGGGCACGGCCAUGCCGCCCCAGCUCCGCCUCCCGCUCCCGCUCCAGCUCCGCCUCCCCCGCCGCGCCUCCCACCACCCGCGCCUCCUCCUCCUCCCCGCGGCGGCCGCGGCCUCCCUCCCCCCUCCGCCUCCCGCCGACGCGCUCCUCCCGGACCAGGCCACGGGCCUCGUCGCGGCCUCCCAGGCCAACUUCAUGCGCGUCAUCGUCGGCUCCACGCCCCCCGGGCUCGAGCACCACCAAGGGACCGACCUGCUCUGCGUCGUCCGCGCGCUGCUCAAGAAGAUCCGCCGCCGCGUGCUCGUCGGGGACAGGGUGCUCGUCGGGGCCGUCGACUGGGCCGACCGCCGCGGGGUGAUCGAGGACGUCUUCCAGCGCCGGAGCGAGGUGGUCGACCCGCCGGUCGCCAACGUCGACCGCCUCGUCGUGCUCUUCUCGCUGGACCAGCCGCAGCCCGAGCCUGCCACGCUCACCAGGUUCCUCGUCGAGGCCGAGUCCACGGGGAUACCCUUCGUGCUCGUCUUCAACAAGGUCGAGCUCGUCGACGAACAGACCAAAUCAUACUGGAGAGAUAGGUUGAAGAGCUGGGGUUAUGAUCCACUCUUCCUAAGUGUUGAUCAGCGAUCUGGAUUAGCUGCUCUUGAAGAAAUGUUGGAAGCACAGACAACUGUUGUUGUUGGUCCAAGCGGUGUUGGGAAAUCCAGUCUGAUUAAUGCUUUGAGAUGCAACCAAAACAUUCCAGAAGAAGAUCCAAUACAUCAACUGGUUGAGCAGAAUAGUAAAUGGUUUGGUGAACAGCGUGUUGGAACUGUGUCCAAGAAAAGCGGCAAAGGAAAGCACACCACCCGUCAUGUUUCAUUGCUUCCUAUAGUUGAUGGCGGUUUUCUUGCUGAUACUCCUGGAUUUAAUCAGCCUAGUCUGAUGAAAGUGACCAAAAAGGGUCUUGCAGAAACUUUUCCUGAGAUAAGAAAGAUGCUCGAAGAAAAUGAGCCCUCGAAGUGCACAUUUAAUGACUGUGUUCACCUUGGUGAACAUGGAUGUGUCGUCAAAGGUGACUGGGAAAGAUACCCAUACUAUCUGCAGUUGCUUGAUGAGAUCAAAAUCAGAGAAUCCUUCCAGCUACGAACAUUUGGAACUAAAAGGGAAGGAGAUGUCAGGCGUAGCAGCCAGAGAAUGUAUCCAGUGCUCCUGUCCUGCCCUUUGGGUGCUCUUGGAGUCCUGAACAUGUCUCUACCGGGAGGGAGUAAGUAAAUAGAUGAAGUAUUGUACUAGGGGAUGUAUCCAGUACAAACCUUCAUUCGGUGCUAACUUGCAUACUUUCGUCCCAGACCAUCGGAUCUCCAGAUGAGAGGUGGGAAUCAAAACACUCACUUAAACACGUUUUUCACAUAACCCCCUGUACUUAUCCCACAUUGUCUUUUCUUUGAUUCCCACCUCUCAUCUGGACCAUAUGUUGUAGAUCUGAUGGCCCGCAACGAAAGUUUGCACCUAUGAAGGUUUGCACUGGAUACGUCGCCAUUGUACUAUGUCUAAUUAUCUUAAACAAAUAUCAUAUCUAUCCUAUCAAGCAAAUAUAUCCAGUUUUCAAUAGUUUGACAAGGUAAAUGCAUUAUCGUGCAUGAAAUCUUCCCUACGUCCUAGGCAUCCUAUUUGGAACACAAUAGAUGUGCAAAACUUGUGAUGAGCGCCGCCCCACCUCUGUUCUAUGAUCUACCGUUCAGCUUGACCUCCUAUGAUGGACAGUGUCUCCUCUCGCGUGCGGCGUCACUGCAGCGAACCCCAUUCCAGUGAUACAUUGUUGCUGCAGUCUAUGCUUCAUCAGUCGCUAUCAAACUAGAGUGCUCCAGAUCCAGGGACGAAGACAAUGCUUGUGCAUUUCUUGCAUGCACAUGUGGUGACGAGUUUCCCUACCGUUUUGCAUAUCUCGUCCUGAGCUGCCUCUGGUUCACUGAGGAUGUUCUCUGCCAAGCCCUAGAUGACUAGUUUGUGUUAUUAAUUGGAGUACUGGUUCUGGGAUUAGUGCGUUGGUUCUUGUUUGUGAGUAGAGAUAAAAUUGAUUCUUAGGCUCACAUAAUUUUCUGUUUUAAAUUCCAAAGUUCUGAUUCUAGUAAACAACCAAACAUUUUUUUUUACCGGAAUUAGCUUUAAUCAAAUUCAAAUCUCACCAGAAUAGGAUUUUAAAAUCCAAUUCAGUACAUGGGAGCCAAAUAAGGUGUAAGGUUUUGAAAAGAGGUAUGAUAUGAGUCAACGGAAAUUUUUCCUUGAAAUUGGUUACAAAUGGCGCCAUAAGAUACAUUCAUAUGGAACGUAAU